ACUUACAUAACACAGGUGGAGAGUUAGAGAGACGCAUCAGACCCAAAAAGAAACAAGAGUGCAUAGAAAGAGAAAGAGAGAGAGAAUGGCUCAAGAGGGGAAAGGGACUACUGCAGGUAGAUGUAGCAGUCGCAACAACGAGGGCGAAAACAGGUGGUCGCUUCGGGGAAUGACCGCUCUCAUCACCGGCGGAACCAAAGGAAUUGGGCAUGCCAUUGUGGAGGAACUAGCGGGGCUUGGGGCGACCGUGUAUACCUGCUCCAGAAAUGAAGCCGAAAUUAAUGAAUGCUUGGAAGAUUGGAAGAGAAAGGGUUUCCGAGUCUUGGGUUCGGUUUGCGAUGUUUCCUCAAAAUCGGAGCGAGAGAAGCUGAUGCUCACCGUGUCCUCCCUCUUCAACGGCAAGCUCAACAUCCUGAUAAACAACGUUGGGACCAACACUAAAAAGACGGCCGUGGAUUACACAGCGGAAGAUUUUUCCUUCAUCAUGACAACUAACUUCAAAUCGGCUUACCAUCUGAGCCAGCUCGCUCAUCCCCUUCUCAAGGCCUCGGGAGCUGAAAGUAUUGUGUUCUUGUCAUCUGUCAGCGGCGUUGUUUCAGUGAAUAGCGGAUCAAUUUACUCGGCCACAAAAGGAGCAAUGAACCAGUUGACCAAGAAUUUGGCAUGCGAAUGGGCUAAGGACAACAUAAGAAGCAACUCUGUUGCACCUUGGUUCAUAAUGACUCCACUAGCCGAGCCUGUACUUAGUGACAAGAAGUUUCAUGAGGAGGUGAUAGCAAGGACGCCGCUCGGCCGCACCGGAGAGCCGGAGGAAGUGUCAUCGUUAGUGGCCUUCCUGUGCUUGCCAGCUGCCUCUUACAUAACGGGGCAGAUCAUUUGUGUUGAUGGAGGGUUCACCGUUAAUGGCUUCUUAUUUCCGAGAGCAUAAGUCUAGCUUUCUUCUGCCUCUAAGAUGUUCAUGGCGCAUUGUCGUUGCAGGGACAAAGAAGUUUUUUAACCAAUAAUAGCAACAUCUAUGUACAUUAAUGUGUGUGCGUGGACAAUUUCGUGUUCAUACAUAAGUAUAAGGGAGAGUAGUUUCCAUGCUA